AAGAUAACCCGGAAGCAAAGGUCUGUGGCGUCCACAUGUAUCACCACUGUAAACAUUUGUAAUGUUGGUUAAGUUAUAUUAAUGAGUUUAAACAGCCAUAUGAACAGUGGAUAAAUACUAUAGCUGGUUAAAGCUUGAAGAUGCUGAGUGAUUCUGAGGCUGCAGAGCUGCUCUCUUUCCUCACCCCUGAAGCACGUCCCGAUGUCAAAGGUCACACCACAACGUACAUCCUAGGACUCUCUGGAAACAGGGAUGGCUGCCGCUUCCUCCGCACCAAACCAGACAUCAUUGUUGCCCUAUUUGCUCUGACCUCUGACCCCUCUAUUGCUAUUGUGAAGGACUGUUACUUCAGCCUCAUCAACCUGUCUGCUGACGAGACUCUGCACCAGGUUUUGUUGGCAGAUAUCAAAGUUCUUCAGACGAUGUUGAAGAAGCUUCUGGAUCCUGAGUAUGUGUUUUCAGAUCAGAUCUGCAGCAUUCUGUCCAACCUAACCCGCCAUCUGAAGACCUGCAAGAUCGUGUUCAAAGUCCUCCAGGAGCAUGUGGGCGUAGCGAAGCUGGUGGAGAUUUUCUGCAGCCAAGGUUUCAACAAGCAUGCGAAGUUCAACUACCUGGGUCCUCUGCUGUCCAACCUGACGCAGCUGCCUGAGGCCCGGAGCUUCAUGAUGGACAAGGACAGGUGUGUUAUCCAGAGGUUGUUUCCUUUCACUCAGUACCAGGCAUCAGUGAUGAGAAGGGGGGGGGUCGUAGGGACCCUGCGCAACUGCUGCUUUGACCACGCCCAUCAUGAGUGGUUGCUAAGCGACGAUGUGGACAUCUUGCCCUUCCUGCUGCUGCCGCUGGCCGGACCAGAGGAGCUGACGGAGAAAGAAAAUGAAGGUCUGCCUGUGGACCUGCAGUACCUCCCUGAGGACAAGAAGAGAGAAGAAGACCCCGACAUCAGGAAGAUGCUGCUGGAGACGCUUCUACUGCUGACAGCGACCAAAGCGGGCCGGGACAUAUUUGAGAAGAAGAGCGUUUAUCCUAUCAUGAGGGAGUUCCACCAAUGGGAGAAGGACGUCCACGUCUUAGCGGCCUGCGAGAAACUUGUGCAGGUACUGAUAGGAGACGAGCCGGAGACGGGGAUGGAGAACCUGUUGGACUUGGAGAUUCCUGAGGACGUGGAGGAGAAACUGACGAAGGCAGACGCCAAAGAACAGGAGGAGCUGGAGAAGGAGCAGGAGAGGAUGAAACAGGAGGAGGAAGAGGAGAAGAAGAAGACGAGUGACGCAGAGGGGGCUGAAAAAGAACAGGAGGCUGGACUGAUACGAUAAAGCUUUCAGACAUGUCUUCAUCCUCUGCAUCUGUUUUAACAGCGGCUUUUUGACAUUCAGCCAGAUAAAUGUUUAUUAAGGCUUUAUUCAGACAUUACAGGACUUUGAGAGAAAGUGAUUUAUCAUCCGCUCCAGAGAGGGAGCCCUAUCACCGCUGCAGGGCUCAACCAGAGUUGAAAAUGUAAAGUAUGUAAUGAUAUAAAAAAGAAGAGUGUUUAUUGUUCUAUCACAAGGUGCAUGGAUUUUUAAACGAAUGUUGCUCUUGAAAGCCUUUAAAUAUUUAAUAUUGCAAGCAAGAGGGGUUAGAGCUGCAACAAUCACCUGACUUAUCUGUCAGUCAUUGGACAAAUAAUUGCCAUCUCAAAUUUGGUGAUUUCCAGUUUUUUUCGGUUUUAUUUCAUGUUAAAGUCUAUUUGUUUGGGUUGAAGACUGACAACAGCUUGGACUUUUAGAACGUAGGAUGGAUGUAUUUCAAUACUUUCUGACAUUUAUAGUAAAAAACUAUUCAGGACAACACUCGUCACAUAAUAAUAAUAAUAAUGAAAACAAUUUUUAGUUCCAUGAGGGACACAUGCUCUGCCCCUCACAGUGAACCGGUUUCAUCAGAUAUUGGUGAAUGAAAUGUCUAUAAAAUUAUUUUUUGGUUUUUUGUUCUCUGUCCCACAUAACAAUGGGCACACACACACACACACACACACACACACACUAUCUACAGUUGGAUGGGACAUUUGGAAAAUCUUAAAACAUAAAAAUGCACCGUUUUUUUGUGGUGAUUAGUUUGUUUUAUUAUAAUUUUCAGCAGUAAUUACGAAUGAUUACUGUAUUACAAUGGUUUCAAGGGACAGAGCAAGUGUUACAUAAGCGCAUGUGUACAAGCCUUUUAUGUAAAAAUGACUUAUUCAGAUAUAAUGUUGAAUCGGCAACACUACGUUAACGGGGCAUUUUGGCUUACAAAGAACGGAGAUCUCCUCUCUUGGGUCGACUUUUUGAUCCCUAACUUACUUUAUUUGCAUUUUAAACGGGUUAUAGGUUUGGGAAAAGUAGUUUUUAUACCACCUCUUUGUGACAGUAUCAAACUGUGCCAUGAUGUUUAAGCUUUACCUUGAAUCUAAAUGACGUUUACACAACAGUGAUUUGACACCUUUCUUCAAUUAUAAAUGUUACACAUCUUUAAGCACAUCUUUGGAAACUGAGAUACUGAAAGCCUCACACUGAUUUGUGGUCAGAUGUUAAGCAAUCGUCAGGGCAGAUAAACCUGUUUCUGAUUCGGAUUCUGACAGUUGUUGCUCCUCUGAAGGGAUAUUUGAAAAUACACAAAUUACCAGCAGGGGGUGUCAGAGUCAUUUUUUCCACACUAACAGUGAUGUUCAAUCAGUUAACUGCACCACUGCUCUGCUCUGUAUGGAAGUUUAUCUUCAACAUGAAAAUAAACUGACUUAAUUGUAAUAGUUAUUAAAGCUCCUCACUAUGUGCCUCAAUUGCAAGUCGUAAAGAAUAAAGUCGAAACAUUUCCACCUAGUAA